AUGGUCGGUGGGAUCUCAUUUAUGAGUACCGCCUACGUUCUUCUUCGUUCAACUCUCCCUUGUGUCCGCCCCUUCCAGGAAGGACUUGGGUGGGAAGUCAACAGCGAGGGAGCUCUUUCAGGCUGUCUUCCAUUUCCAUGUCAUGCCCUGCCACCCACCCUUCUGCUUCCCUCCAACUCUUCUGCUUCUCUUCACUCCGCUGCUUCCCUCACACCCUUCUGCUUCCUCUCACCCUUCUUCCCCCCCUCUCAACCUCUUGCCCCCUCUCAACCUCUUGCCGCCUCACACCAGCAACACAUGGCAGGGGGAGUGAGUGAGCACUGCAUCAACGCACGCCCACUGCACCUGCAGUACGAGGAGGUGAGAGAGAAUGCGUCUCACAUGUGGAAGGAGGUGAGAGAAAAUGUGUCUCACGUGUGGGAGGAGGUGAGAGAGAAUGCGUCUCACAUGUGGGAGGAGGUGAGAGAGAAUGCGUCGCACAUGUUGGAGGAGGUGAGAGAGAAUGCGUCUCACAUGUGGGAGGAGGUGAGAGAGAAUGCGUCUCACAUGUGGGAGGAGGUGAGAGAGAAUGCGUCUCACAUGUGA